CGAUACACGGUGGCUCCGACAGUAGUGCGUUCUGGUUUUUCGACGAACGGGGGAUUGUUAAUCGGCCACCGUGGACGCGAGAACAACCGUCAACCUGGAGCCCACGUGUCAGAAACGACGGAAAUGUGAGGCCGACGGAAAGGAGGCGAAGGCGGAACUGCCACAACGCAAUAUGUUCCCUAGCGCUCAAAUUAAAAUGAGAUUGCUGUCGCCAAGCAGUUCGCCGGCCACGUCGCCCACAAUGUCGAAUUCCUCGUCGCCGACGCCCCCGACGCCGGCUGCACCGGCCUACAACCAAAAGAUGACCGGGAUACCAUGCGUGGCGGCCGCUUCCAGGUACACGGCACCGGUCCACAUCGACGUAGGCGGCACAAUAUACACCUCCUCGCUCGAAACGCUGACGAAGUAUCCGGAGUCGAGGCUAGCGAAAUUAUUUAACGGCAGCAUCCCCAUCGUUCUGGACUCCCUGAAGCAGCACUAUUUCAUCGACAGGGACGGCGGGAUGUUCAGACACAUACUAAACUUCAUGAGGAACUCCCGUCUGCUCAUACCGGACAACUUCGCCGAUUUGGAUCUGUUGCUGGAGGAAGCGCGGUACUUCGACAUUGCACCGAUGUGCAGGCAGCUGGAGCAAAUGAAGAAGGAACGUAUCAAGAACGGCACGACGACGACGAUGUCCUCCUCGUCGCCGAGCCCGCCGCCGUCCAAUCAGCUGGGUAGCCGCGGCACGGGUUGCACGACGGUGCCCUGCAACCGGGACACGGACAAGAUACGCAACAGCGACGGGAACUGUAGCUACGAGUGCGUCGCCCUUCACGUGAAUCCGGAUCUAGGCGAACGCGUGAUGCUGUCCGGUGGGCGGGCGUUGCUCGACGAGGUGUUCCCGGAAACGACCCAGGUGGUGAUCGACGCCAGAUCGGGCGUCGUCUGGCACCAGCAGGACGACCGUCACGUGAUCAGGUUCCCGUUGAACGGCUACUGCAAGCUGAGCUCCGUGCAGGCCAUCACCAGGCUCCUGAACGCUGGAUUCCGCGUGGUCGCCAGCCACGGGGGCGGCGUCGAGGAACGGUUCUCGGAGUACCUGUUCGUACGACAGUCCGUCAACACUUGA